AAACAUCCCCUUGGGUACCAGGUGUCCCAGUGCUGAGCCUCCUGGCACCAGACAUCCCCACCGAGCAUCCUGGUAGCAGCCAGGGUGUGAGCACCUGGCAUCAACCAUUCCCUGAAGCUCUGAGCACCCCAGUACUGAGCAUCUCUGCCCAGGGCACCCGCACUGGGUACCAAGCAUCCCAGGCACUGGGCUCCUCAGUGCUGAGUACUGCCACCAAAAUGAACACUGCAGCCCCAGUACUGGACAUCCACCCAGGGCACGGGCAUCCUAGUACUGAGCAUCCUGGUCCUUGGAACCUGGUACUGAGCAUUCCUACUGGGCAUCCUGGUACCAAGCAUUCCAGUACCAACCAUCCCAGUACUGAGCACCCGGUACCAUCUCCCUUGGCAUGGGUAUCUUGGUAUCAAGGAUACCCCUGGCUCAACCACCAGGCAUCCCAUCGCUGGGUGCCCCCACUGUGUAACCCAGGGGACACGAGCACCUUACUACUGCCCAGCAGCACCAAAUGCCAUGCGGGUGCUGGCCCCGGGUGCCUUGGUGCAGUGUGGGCAGGUGGCACGGGCGGUGCACAGGGUGUGGUGGGGCCGUUGUGCCCACGGUGCCCUCUGCCCCCAGACUGCAGCUUCACCUGCCACUACCGCUGCCGGGCCCUCGUGCGGCUGGACUGCAGCGGCCCCCCAGGCACUGGGGAUGAGGACGAUGGCAGCGAGCAGGAGCUGGAAAAGGACACGAAUGUGGAUGAGCCCAGCAGCUGGGAGACGGCGGAGCUGGACCCGGCGCAGGUGGAGCAGCGCAUCAAGGAGUACAACAGCCAGAUCAACAGCAACCUCUUCAUGAGCCUGAACAAGGAUGGCUCCUACACUGGCUUCAUCAAGGUGCAGCUGAAGCUGGCGCGCCCCGUCUCUGUGCCAGCUGCCAAGCGGGGCCCUGGGGGGCGGUCAGGGCAGCGCACGGCGGGCGUGAAGCGCCGCACAUCCUUUUACCUGCCCCGCGGCACCGUCAAACACCUGCACGUGCUCUCGCACACCCGCGCCAGCGAGGUGAUCAGCGCGCUGCUCCGCAAGUUCACCGUGGUGGACGACCCCCGCAAGUUCGCCCUCUUCGAGAGGUCCGAGAAGGAUGAGCAAGUGUACCUGCGCAAGCUGGCGGACGAGGAGCAGCCGCUGCGACUGCGGCUGCUGGCAGGACCCAGCGAGAAGGCGCUGAGCUUCGUCCUGAAGGAGAACGAGAGCGGCGAGGUGAACUGGGACGCCUUCUCCCUGCCCGAGCUGCACAAUUUCCUGCGCAUCCUGCAGCGCGAGGAGGACGAGCAGCUGCGCCGCGUCCGCCACCGCUACGCCCGCUGCCGUCGGGAGCUGCAAGCCGCGCUGGCUGCCCACACGCCGGGCUGAAGCCAACCGCACCGGCACGGCCGCCCGCCGGCGGGGGGACGUCGCCGGGAGCGCGGGGCGGCGCGGGGCGU